UUCAUUUACAAACUCACAAAGCAAGAAGAAACAUCAACAAGAAUAAAAAUCUUAUUAGAAAGCUGUAAAAACCAAACGUAGCCGUUAAUAAACUAAGUGAAAUAUAUAAAAAAAAGAUUUCAAGUGAUAAAAAUAAUAAACAGUGAAGCAAAUUAAACAUAUUUAAUAAUCAUAGUUUAUAGAAAUUAGUGUUUUCCAAUUAGUAUUAUUAAUAGUACUCAGUGAACCAGAGAAGAACUCAAAAUGAGAUUAUUAACAUUAUUGGCCGUGGUGGCCUUUGUUGGCCUCGCUCUUGGCGAAGACAAAAAGGAAAAAGACAAGGAUAUUGGAACCGUAAUUGGCAUUGAUUUGGGUACCACCUACUCAUGUGUUGGUGUUUAUAAGAAUGGCCGUGUAGAAAUUAUUGCCAACGAUCAAGGUAAUCGUAUCACACCCUCCUACGUGGCCUUUACUGCCGAUGGUGAACGUCUGAUUGGUGAUGCCGCCAAAAAUCAACUGACUACAAAUCCUGAGAAUACAGUUUUCGAUGCCAAACGUUUGAUUGGUCGCGAAUGGACCGAUACAAAUGUGCAACAUGACAUUAAAUACUUCCCCUUCAAGGUUGUGGAAAAGAACUCCAAGCCUCACAUCAGCGUUGACACCUCCCAAGGCAAGAAGGUCUUUGCCCCCGAAGAAAUCUCCGCCAUGGUCUUGUUGAAAAUGAAAGAAACUGCUGAGGCCUAUUUGGGCAAGAAGGUUACCCACGCUGUCGUUACCGUCCCCGCUUACUUCAAUGAUGCUCAACGUCAAGCCACUAAGGAUGCUGGCGUCAUUGCUGGUUUGAAUGUCAUGCGUAUCAUUAACGAACCCACUGCCGCUGCCAUUGCCUAUGGUUUGGACAAAAAGGAGGGUGAAAAGAAUGUUUUGGUAUUCGAUUUGGGUGGUGGUACCUUUGAUGUAUCAUUGCUGACCAUUGACAAUGGUGUCUUUGAAGUUGUUUCCACAAACGGUGAUACUCAUUUGGGUGGUGAAGAUUUCGAUCAACGUGUCAUGGAUCACUUCAUCAAACUGUACAAAAAGAAGAAGGGCAAGGAUAUCCGCAAAGACAACCGUGCCGUUCAGAAAUUGCGUCGUGAAGUUGAGAAGGCUAAGCGUGCUUUGUCCAGUGCCCAUCAAGUCCGCAUUGAAAUCGAAUCAUUCUUCGAAGGUGAUGACUUCUCUGAGACUUUAACUCGUGCCAAAUUCGAAGAAUUGAACAUGGACUUGUUCCGCUCCACCUUGAAACCCGUCCAAAAGGUCUUGGAAGAUGCCGACAUGAACAAAAAGGAUGUCCAUGAAAUUGUCUUGGUUGGUGGUUCGACUCGUAUCCCCAAGGUUCAGCAAUUAGUUAAAGACUUCUUCGGUGGUAAGGAACCUUCCCGCGGCAUUAAUCCCGAUGAAGCCGUUGCUUAUGGUGCUGCUGUACAAGCUGGUGUUCUCUCUGGUGAACAAGAUACUGACGCUAUUGUCUUGCUCGAUGUCAACCCCUUGACUAUGGGUAUUGAGACCGUUGGUGGUGUUAUGACCAAAUUGAUUCCACGCAACACCGUUAUUCCCACCAAGAAAUCACAAAUUUUCUCCACUGCCUCUGACAACCAACACACUGUCACCAUCCAAGUCUAUGAAGGUGAACGUCCCAUGACCAAGGAUAACCAUUUGUUGGGUAAAUUCGAUCUCACCGGCAUUCCUCCAGCUCCUCGUGGCAUCCCACAAAUUGAAGUCAGUUUUGAAAUCGAUGCUAACGGUAUCUUACAAGUAAGCGCUGAAGACAAGGGCACCGGUAACAAGGAAAAGAUUGUCAUCACCAACGACCAAAACCGCCUUACCCCUGAAGAUAUUGAACGUAUGAUUCACGAUGCUGAAAAAUUCGCCGAUGAGGACAAGAAACUCAAGGAGAAGGUCGAGACCCGAAAUGAAUUGGAAUCUUACGCCUACAGUCUCAAGAACCAAAUUGGUGACAAGGAAAAACUCGGUGCCAAAUUGAGCGAAGACGAAAAAGCCAAAAUGGAAGCAGCCAUCGAUGAAUCCAUCAAAUGGUUGGAAACAAAUGCCGAUGCUGAUCCCGAAGAAUACAAAAAGCAAAAGAAAGACUUGGAAGCCAUUGUGCAACCAAUCAUAGCAAAACUGUAUCAAGGCACUGGCGGCGUUCCUCCCACAGACAGUGAAGACAGCGACGACUUGAAGGAUGAACUGUAAAUCGUUCUCUCAGCGAUAUUAGGUUCUAGUUUUAGUUGUAGUUCGCAGUUUAGUUAAAAGAAACAAACAAAGCAGACUGAUACACGUUUAAAAAAACCCCUACAAAUUUGUGUUAAUACAAAAAUGAAAAUACACCACAAAAAAUAUUUAUUAUAAACACGUUUCUCUUCUUUUUUGUUUGAACAAAGUCUCCAAUCAGUUAACCCGAUCAGUUACACGAACUUUCCACUUGUUUCCCUAGAAAUAAUUAAUUUUUUAUUGUAAAAAGAUUUUUAAGAUUUUUGGUUAGAAACGCUUUCAUUUUACUAUUCUUAUUAUUUUUUUUUUUGUUUUGUUUUAGUUUUAUAAUCGUUCUUCAUUAGCAUCAAUAUUAUAAAGUUAGUUUUAUUUGAAAUUAUAGUUCUAUCCUAGAAUUCAGUUUAAAUUUUUAUUUAAAAAAAAUCCUUUUUUGUAAUAAGCUAAACAAAAAGCAUUAGGCGGGAAUUCUUCGAUUUUUAAGAAGAGUUGCCGGUUUAUUUAUUUCUCUUUUCCAAAACUAUGAAAUUACUUAAAACUUUUGUGAGAAAAGAAAAAGUAAAAUAAUAAUUACAAAAACACAAUAUAAA